UUAAUCGUAGACUAUCCCACACAGAAGAUGUCGCUAUUUUCUAAUUGGAAAUGUAACUGGUUCCCUUUGCAUGCGGCUCUGCAAAUAGGGUAGUUUCUUACUGCUGUACUGUACUUAUGGUAUCUGAGCUAGCUAUAGUAGCUACAGUAACUGAUGUUAUGCUACCUAGUCUAGACUAGCGAAGUAACACGGGUAGCCAGGAAGUCUGAAUGAUAGAGGCUGAGCUAGCUAGGCUACCUACACAGUAGACAACGAUGUCUGAUACAACUACACCAGUGUAGUGUAGCUAGUCAGCCACUACGUUGGCUAUCUGUUUAAUAGUCAAGAUGAAGUAUAUUGUUAUAUUAUUUAUUGCCUCGCUGGCUCCAUUCUGGGUCAAUUGUGCAGUACAUAAAACCUCAGACAAAUCGAAAACUCCCGAGAACGAGGCUCUCAGUUUCAUGCUCUCUGACUAUGAGGUGCUUCCUGUGUCUGGCCUCCAGCAGCACUCUGUUAGGAAGAGGGAUGUUCACACCAGGUCCCAGGUGGAACGCCUGGUCAGCUUCAAGGCACUCCAGAGAAAUUUCCAGCUUUACUUGACCACCAACACAGACCUGUUCACAGAGGACUUCAAAGCAGUUUUUGUAGACAAACAAGGAAAGGAAAAACCUUAUAAUGUCCAGCUGCAAAACUAUUUCUCUGGACAUGUUGUUGGAGAGGAGCACUCGCGUGUGCAAGCCCACAUAGAUGGGGACGAGUUCUCAGCCCACAUUCUGACUGAUGAGGCAGAGUACAACUUAGAGCCCCUGUGGAGGUUUACCAAGGCAAGUCCGGACGGCAGGUUGCUGGUGUACCGUUCAGAGGACAUUAAGAACCUGAGCCGCCUUGCCUCUCCAAAGGUGUGUGGUUACGUCCAUGGUGCAGCCCAGGACCUCCUGCCAGAGGGGGCCCGGGUGGCUGCAGAUGCCGAGGAGGAUGAACCCCAUCUGAGAGAGAAGAGGCAGGUCCACAACCACAAGAAGAACACCUGUCCUCUCCUGCUGGUAGCAGACUACCGCUUCUUCAAGCACAUGGGCCGUGGAGAGGAGAGCACCACCCUCAACUACCUGAUUGAGCUGAUUGAUCGUGUGGAUGACAUCUACAGGAACACUACUUGGGAUAACGAGUUUAAAGACUAUGGUGUGCAGAUCCAACAGAUCGUCAUCAACAAGGAGCCGACAAAACCACCAGCAGGCAUGGCGGCCACAAACUGGGUCCACUACAACAUGAAGGACAGCCCUACGAAGGGCAAGGAGGUGUGGGAUGUCAAGAAACUCCUGGAGCAAUUCAGCUCAGACAUGGCAGACAAUGCGUCAAAGGUGUGCCUGGCUCAUCUGUUCACCUACCAGGACUUUGACGAGGGGACCCUGGGCCUGGCCUACGUGGCCCCCUCUAAAGCCAUGGCCCUGGGGGGGCUCUGCCCAAAACCCUACUAUCCAUCUACCUCCAGCAAGAAGCCCAGUUACCUCAACACUGGUUUGACCAGCACAAAAAACUAUGGAAAGACCAUUCUGACCAAAGAGGCAGACUUGGUGACCACCCAUGAGCUGGGACACAACUUUGGGGCAGAGCAUGACCCUGACAACAUUCCCCACUGCGCCCCAAGCGAUGACGACGGGGGCAAAUUUGUCAUGUACCCUAUCGCUGUUAGCGGGGACCACUACAACAACAAGCGGUUCUCAAACUGCAGCAAGACCUCCAUAGGGAAGUCUCUCCGCUUCAAGGCUCCAGUGUGCUUCAGGGAGAGGAACAGCAAGGUGUGUGGGAACUCCCGCGUGGAGGAGGGGGAGGACUGUGACCCCGGCCUGCUCCACCUCAACGACGACCUGUGCUGCUCUGCUGAGUGCAAGUUCAGACGGGGCGCUCAGUGCAGUGACAGGAACAGCCCGUGCUGUAAGAGCUGCCAGUUUGAGCAGGCCGGUAAGGUCUGCCAGGAGCCCAUCACUGCCACCUGUAAAGGGCUGUCUCUGUGCACAGGUAACAGCAGCGAGUGCCCACCCCCCGACGACCUCCCUGACGACAACGUCUGUGUGGAUAGCGGCAGAUGUCUGGAGGGGGAGUGUAUCCCCUUCUGCGAGGCCAUGCAGAACCUGCAGUCCUGUGCCUGCAAUGAGACCAGGGACUCUUGUAAAGUGUGCUGCCGGGACAAAAUCGGAGCCUGUGUUCCCUUUGUCCAGACCACCAGUGACUUCCUGUUCUUGCGGAAGGGGAAGCCCUGCACUGUGGGCUUCUGUGACGGGGCGGGUAAAUGCAUGAAGCAUGUCCAGGAUGUGAUCGAGAGGUUGUGGGAUUUCAUCGACAAGCUGGACAUCAAUACAUUUGGGAAGUUCCUGGCUGAUAACAUUGUGGGCUCUGUGGUGGUCUUUUCCCUGGUCUUCUGGAUCCCUCUCAGUAUCCUGGUUCACUGUGUGGACAAGAACCUUGACAAGGAGUAUGAGGAGAACACCAAGACCUUUUUUUUCCCAAGUAAUGCCGAGCUCUUGAACAACCCAGAGUCAGCGCCCGUGCGCAUCGUCAAGCCUCUUCAGCCUCCCUCCUUCUCCGCCGUCCGGAUCACGCCCUCCUCCCAGCUGCAUCAGCAGCCCCCGAGCGGGGCCCUUCCUCAGGCCAGCAGCAGUACCCCGGCCCCAGGCCCCAGCUGCGGCCCUGCCCCGGCCAGCGCAGGGGCCCUGAAGGUGGAGGCCCUGGCCACCAUCCAGGAGGACCUCAGCAUCGACUCUCACCUGGGAGAGGAGGUGCUGGAGGAAGACUUCCAGUCCGCAGCGCCAGCAGCUGCAGCCGGAUCCUCCUGCGGCACCAAGGCUUCCUACGAGGACCUGACCGAGAACACACCAGCCAGGGACCAGCGGCGGCUCAAGAGACAGGCCUGCGUGGACAGUAAGGAGACGGAAUGCUGAGGGACACACACACACACACUCACACACACAGGAUACAUUUUGGGGACAUGCAUACCAGUGCUCAUAUAUUUCCAUAUUAUGAAUUAUAAAUAGAUGGAUAGUAGAUGUCAUACCCAUACAUGAUCAUAAUGCCCACCCCCAGGCACUCAGAGGGUGAUACAGUGGUAGUGGAUACACACAAACCCAGGGGUCUAACAGGAUACCACAGAUGGCAUUAAGAUCCAUUUAGUUGUUCUUGUAGGUCAUUAGGAAAAUCUGAAAUCUGUGACAAUGAUCUAGAGUGGAUACAAACAAUUGUGCUAUGUUUAGAUGAAUAGUUGUAUUUCUCAGAUCUGUGACACACUAAAGAAAUCUUUGGACUGAAUGUAGCAAACAACUGUUUUGGACACAGAAAAUUGCUGCACUUGUAUUGGUAUUUUCACUGGAAGUUGUAUGGUCCAGUUUUUGUUUUGAAAUCAUGUUGUUAUUGUGGGUCCUUCCUUAUGCUGGUCACUCCUGUUUGAUGUGGCCCUGUAAACUGUCAUCUGCAUCCCAAAGUUUUGGACAACUCAAUAUUUAGGAAGCUGAGAAAUCCACACAACUAUCACUAUUUCAUAUAUUCUUGUCAAGUCAUGUUUAUCAUGCACUUUCCAGCUUCGGGUUUACCCAUAUGAAAAUCCUUAA